AUGGUUCACGCUGAUGCAUCCAACUUUGCCGACGGCAUCACCAAAGAGGACGCUUACGAACAGGUUCUCUGGCAAACCGAAGGCCUGAUUACCGGCCAGCGAAACUGGGUCUGUAACCUUGCCAAUGCUGCGUCGUUGCUCUGGCAUGCGUACAAGUCGCUGGGUUCCCCAAGCAAAGAUGUGAACUGGGCCGGGUUUUACGUCCUUGAUAAGUCAUCUCAAGACCCGCAGCUCAUCCUGGGUCCGUUUCAGGGCAAGGUCGCCUGUCAGACAAUCCAGUUCGGCAAAGGCGUGUGCGGAGCGGCGGCUGAGUCGCAGCAGACGCAGCUCGUCCAGGACGUGGAGAGGUUUCCGGGGCACAUCGCCUGCGACGGAGAUAGCAAGAGUGAGAUUGUUGUGCCGAUCGUGGCUGAGCAGGGCGAUGGUUCCAAGAAGUUGGUGGCAAUCAUCGACAUUGACUGCGCGGAGCUGAACGGUUUUGACGAGGUGGACAAGGCUCAUCUGGAGCAGCUUGCCGCCCUGCUCGCCAAGGGCUGUGACUGGUAG